AUGCCUCCCUUGCCUGAGGUCCACCCGCCACGCUCCCGCCCCCUGCCACGCCAGGAAAGCCGAUGCCAGAGCGAGGGCCUCGUAGCCCGGCUGCAGGCGCGGUCCGCUUUGGAACAUCAGUACUACUUUAGAAACAGUGUUGUGGAUGCAUUUAGAAAAAAAGAGUAUGAGGCAGCAGUUAAAAUCCAGAGCUGGUUUCGAGGAUGUCAAGUUCGGACGUAUAUCAGGCAUUUACACAGAGUUGCAACAGUUAUUCAGAAAUGGUGGAGAAGUUACUUAGGAAGGAAAUGUUAUCAACACAAGAUAAAGUUAGCAUAUCAUGAUAUGAAGAUGAAUAUCUACAAUGCAAUGGCUGUCAGGAUUCAGAAGCGAUGGCGAGGCUAUAAGGUUCGGAAAUACGGCUUCAAUUAUUAUUAUUUCAAGGAAUAUCUGAGGGCGAUUUCAGAGACCAAUGAUGCAGUUAGGGAGGCCCUGGACGAGUUCGCAGACAUGAGAGAGAGAGAAGAGAAGAAGGCCGACCUCGAGAGGGAGGAGAAGAAGAGAGAUUACGCAGCCCGAAAGAUGCAUUACCUGCUCAGCACAAAGCAGAUCCCAGGCGUAUACAACUCGCCAUUCAGAAAGGAUCCCGACCCGCGGGAACUACGGCUGCAGAAGGCAAAGCCUUUAACGCCUCAGAGACACAAAGCCAAGCAGAAGCGGCCCCACAGCCUCAGCAGCUGGCUGGCCUGCACCAGCACCCGGUCCUUCCCUCGCUCCCACACCCUGCCGCCCAUCGACCGGAAGCAGUGCCAGGGGCCCUUUCGUGACGUCAGUGACGUAUUGAAGCAGCGCUACAAGCCCUUGGAGCCAACGUUGCGGGUGGCGGAGCCAAUCGAUACGUUAAAAGAAGCCAGAAGUGAAUUCAGAAGAUUGGAAUUGUCAAGGAACGUUCAGGAGAACAUGUUUUUGCCAUUCUCUUCCUACCAUAAGAAUGAAAGGUACGUUCCAUCAAUGCAUUCAUCAACCAAGUAUGGUCCUGGCGCUUAUGGAUAUCACCGUUUCAGAGAUGAAAGCCCCAACAAGUGGAUCGGUGGCAAGGAUUUCCAAACUAUAUUACCAUCAUUCGAUCUCUUCUCCAAGUAUGGAAAGUCAUAUUCAAAAGCUGGACAGAUUUUAUAAAGACAAUAAAAGAAGACAAAGUGUAAAAUGAGGUUCAGGUGUGACGUGGUUGUGGAGUAGAAGACGCCACCGCCUGGCUGAGUCACCUGGACACAGUGUGUCAGCCUUUGAAAUCUCUGUC